ACUUCGGAAGCACGUGCUCUCUUGCCCCGCGCCGUCAUAGUUCAUUUCUCUCCGGUAGGAUCGUUCCAAGCGAGAGAAGAGAAGAACUUCGCUGAGACAGGGGGGUCAGCUGAUUCACGCGGGAUUAGAUUACUUGGAGGGGAGUGAAGCGCGAGCCUCGACGGACAUCUCCGAUUCUUGACUUCGAUCAACCCACAUCAUGUUAUACCUCAUCGGUCUAGGACUAGGGGAUUGUAAGGACAUCACGAUCAAAGGCCUCGAGGCCAUACAGAGAAGCGAGAAAGUUUACCUCGAAGCCUACACGUCGAUUUUGACGGUUGGUCAAGACGAACUGGAGAAAUUCUACGGAAAACCGCUGAUCCAGGCUGACAGAACUUUUGUCGAGCAAGAAUGUGAUACCAUGCUGAGCGAAGCCUUGACAGCCACGGUGAGUUUCCUGGUGGUCGGAGAUCCUCUUGGUGCCACAACUCAUUCCGAUUUGAUGAUCAGAGCCGCUCAAAUGGGCGUAAAGACACAGGUUAUACACAACGCGUCGAUAAUGAACGCCGUCGGCUGCUGUGGACUGCAGUUGUACUCCUUCGGAGAGACAGUGUCCAUAGUUUUGUGGCAGGAAAAUUGGCGACCGACGAGCUACUAUGACAAAAUAGCCUCGAACAGAAAAGUUGGAUUGCACACGCUAUGUCUCCUCGACAUUAAGAUGAAAGAGCAAUCUUGGGAGAAUCUCGCCCGUGGCAGAAAAGUUUUCGAGCCCCCGAGAUUCAUGAUGGUGCACGAAGCCGCUAAACAGCUCAUUGAAAUCCUAGAGAUCAAGGAGGAGGAAGCCACAUCGAGAGAAAGCCUCGCGUAUUCUCCAGAGAGCUUAGCCGUUGGCCUGGCUAGGAUCGGCACAGAAAACCAGAAAAUCGUCGCAGGAAGCUUGAAGCAACUGACCGAGACAAAGGAGAUACUGGGAGGACCUCUGCACUCAUUGAUCUUGCCGUCGACUUCGCUGCAUCCUCUCGAGUGGGAUAUGUUGAGCAUGUUUGCGCUGGAUCAGGAAUGGUUCCAGGAGAAUAAAAAAUACUACGUCAAGUGA